GACACCCCGCUAUACGGAGUCUCACCCGCUAAGACCACCCUGAGUUGUUUGUCGCCUUGUUAAAAGAAUCGCCCCGCCAAGCGCCAAAAUGGUCGAGAAACUGUACAUCACUUACAACGAUGUGCACAAGCUGUGCCAGGAGGCGGCCCCGCGGAUCCUGGCCGAGUUCAAGCCGCAGCUGAUGAUCGCCAUCGGCGGCGGCGGGUACGUGCCCGCGCGCAUCCUUCGCUCGUUCCUCAAGCAGCCCGGCAGCCCCAACAUCCCGAUCCAGGCCAUCGGCCUCUCGCUGUACGAGCAGCUGCCCGACGCAGCCGACCAGGCCGUCGAGGCCGCCGGUACCAAGGUCACGCGCACCCAGUGGCUCGACCUGACGGCCCUGGGCGAGAUGGCCAACCUGGUCGGCAAGCGCGUGCUCAUCGUCGACGAGGUCGACGACACCCGCACCACGCUCGAGUACGCCGUCAAGGAGCUGCAGAAGGACGUGGAGCAGGCGCGCGCCAAGCUGGGCAGCGACCUCAACACCGAGUUUGCCGUGUUCGUCCUGCAUAACAAGGACAAGCAAAAGAAGGGCACCCUCCCCGACGACAUCAUGAACGGCCGGUACCUUGCUGCCCGGACGGUGGGCGACGAGUGGAUCUGCUACCCGUGGGAGGCCACCGACAUUGACGAGCACGACCGCAACGCGGCCGAGGCCAAGGCCAAGAACGGCUUGUGAUGGCGAGAAGAAGUAAAAGAGAGAGAAUAAAACGAGACAGAAAAAAAAUAUGGGAGCAACCCGGCACAGCCCACCGUACGUUGUGAGUACAGGGCAGUAAUGAAAGGCGGGUUGUCCUCACCAGAACUCGCCGCGUGGAAACGAGUAACCCAGGUUGGUUUUUUUGGCCUUCAUGCCACCAACCUCUGGAGACAAAGCCGGGCAAUUCAGAGGUGGGCUGGGGGCAGCCGCUAGCAUCGCGUUGGAGUUAGGAGACGGCGGAGUUGGGAUGGCUACAGCACUUUGGCAGUCGCAGAAGAGAGCUUUGGUCCGGGAUAGACAAGAGGAGCAUGUUCAGAAGGGAGGGAGGCGUUUGGAAGAGUGCGUGAAUUGAUACCGUAUUUGACC